AUGAAUAGUAUAAGUACUUGUUUGUUACUUUUGAAUGUUGAAAGUAAUUAAGAAAGCACGUGUACUAAAGAUGAGCUUAAUGAUUCUAUAGAUUUGUAUAUGGAUUCUAAGAUUAAGGAAAUUGAAAUAGGGAUUGUAAAGUACUUGCAUAGUAUGGGAAUAUAAACAAAAACAGAUCCUAAAUAGAAGGAAUAACAAUAUUGGAAUUUGAGAAGAAUUGAAAGCAACAAGAAAUUAGAAGAACAUUGGAGUUGUCCAAAGUUAUCAUUAAAUUCUUCUGUUAGUAGGUUGUUAAUCAGUAGACAAUCUUCAGUCAUCUAGUAUUUUAAUAAAAGUGGAAGCUCUCUAUAAACAUUACUUACUUCCUGA